AUGCGCUCCUACAUACUACUUGUGGCCAUUAUGAUCGUUUGCAGCAAUGCUGCGAUCGUCAACGUCCGCCAUCUCCAUUUGAUCAAAGCUGCCCAUCCAAUUCCAGGAAGUGAGCGUCUACUGAGAGCUGAAAAAACGAGCGAUCAGACCGAGGGCACCGAAGACGAGGAGAGGGCGGGGCUCACUGAUUUUGUCAAGAAGCUCGGGACAGGCGCGUUGAAGCGUGUGAAGGACACGUAUUUGGCGUCAAAACUGAAAGCCAAGGCGAGCCAAGUGAAUCUGGAUACAGCAGUGCAGAAACUCGUGGAUGAUAGAGUCCACCCUGACCGGGUUUACGAAGUGCUCAAUCUUCAUAAACCCAAAAACCGGUUUGUUGGCGUGAACUACUCCGGCAGGAUGAAGCUGUGGAUGCAGCUGACCGAUGCGUGGAAGGUAAAAUAUCCUGGUACGAAGACCCAGCUGAAAUAA